AUGCGCCAUUUGCCAUACCUUAAAACUGAUGGUUCCCUUAGUCACGAGGUUCAAGCUGCACCGUAUGCGAACCUCGCAAACUGGGCAGCUAUAUCGGACGGGCCUAUAGAUAGAGACAGUGCUCCGGGCAUAUUGUUGUGCUCAGAAGGAGGCGAUGGUGAAGGCGAGGCCUGGAAUGCUCGUACUCCGUUGGACUUAGUUCUGGCGGCAGGAACAACGCCUACUUCCUUCUCAAUACCGAAGGACACUGUAUCCACCGGAUGA